CGUCCCUCGAGACGCGGCGCGAGCCGGGCCGCGGCCGUUGGCUGUUGGCGCGGCUUGGGUGGUUGUCUUGGAGAAUCACGAUGGCUGCGACGGCGGCCGCAGUGGCGGCCGAGGAGGACACAGAGCUCCGGGACCUGCUGGUGCAGACGUUGGAAAACAGUGGCGCCCUGAACCGCAUCAAGGCUGAACUCCGGGCAGCUGUGUUUUUAGCACUCGAGGAGCAAGAAAAAGUAGAGAACAAAACUCCUUUAGUCAAUGAGAGCCUGAAAAAAUUUUUAAAUACGAAAGAUGGUCGCUUAGUGGCAAGUCUUGUUGCAGAAUUUCUUCAGUUUUUUAAUCUUGACUUUACGUUGGCUGUUUUUCAACCUGAAACCAGCACAGUAAGAUUUCAAGGUCUUGAAGGACGAGAGAAUCUAGCCCGAGAUUUAGGUAUCAUUGAAGCAGAAGGCACUGUGGGUGGACCCUUACUAUUAGAAGUGAUCAGACGCUGUCAACAGAAAGAGAAAGGGCCUGCUAGUGGGGAAGGUGCUCUGGAUCUGUCUGAUGUACAUUCUCCACCAGAGUCACUGGAAGGAAAAACAAGUGUACACACAGCCCCUAGUAAGAUACCAAGGUAUAAAGGACAAGGUAAGAAGAAGACAAGCGUGCAGAAGUCUGGUGACAAGAAGACCAACAGUGAGGCCAGUCAGAGUGAUACAGCUGUGUCCUCAUCAGAACCAAAGAGCAAAAGCAGUCUGCACUCACUGACCCAUGAAACAAAAAUUGGAUCUUUUUUAAGCACCACCACUUUAGAUGUCAAAGACAAAGCUGGCCUUUGUCCAGAUGAAGAUGAUAUGGAAGGAAAUUCUUUCUUUGAUGAUCCCAUUCCUAAGCCAGAAAAAACCUAUGGUUGGAGAAGUGAACCUAGGAAGCAAGCAGGAAGUCUGGCUUCGCUCUCAGAUGCUCCCCCCUUAAAGAGUGGACUCACCUCCUUGGCAGGAGCCCCCUUAUUAAAAGAGCCUGAGAGUAAAAAGGGAAGCACAGUUUUGAAAGAUCUGAAAUUAGUCAAUGAUAAAAUUGGAUCACUUGGAUUAGGAACUGGAGAAGAAGAUUAUAUUGAUGACUUUAAUAGUGCCACCCAUCGCUCAGAAAAAAGUGAGCUAAGUAUUGGUGAAGAGAUUGAAGAAGAUCUUUCUGUGGGAGUAGAUGAUAUCAAUACCAGUGACAAACUUGAUGACCUCACCCAAGACCUCACUGUUUCCCAGCUCAGCGACAUUGCGGAUUAUCUGGAAGAUGUGGCAUAGACAUGAAGAGGAAGUAUUCCAAUUAACAAAGAACUGAUCAACUCAAUUUUUUUUUUUUUUUUUCUGGACAAUCAAGUUUUGCUGGAAAGUCUGCACCCCAUUGGUGCCUUGCAUUGCAAAAAGACUGCAGAUUUUUUUAAAAAAUAACUUUCCAUUUUACUAAACAAAAUGAGUCCUAUAUGUGCCCAUGUGUGGAAGAUUUAAUACUCUUAAUUUGGUUUAGCUAUAGAUUUUUCUAUGGGAAUUGAUUCUUUAACUCAUGAAGACAUCAGUGUUAAGAUCAUGAAAGGUUUGAUUGGGAUUGUAGCUUAGUAGUGGAGGUCCUGGGUUUGGUCCUAAGCACCAAAAAAUUUCUUAAAUAAACAAUGAAAGAUGUCAGUGAAAUGGUAGGUUUGUGCAUCUCUGCAAGUGUGUGGCUACUGAUACAUAGUGAUCUUUGAGAACCAUAGCUUCAGCCAUCUCACAACAAAGCCUACCCACACAUACUUUUUUUUUUUUUUUUUUUUUUUAGCAAUAGUCACUCAAUAUUAUGUAAUAUGUGAGUUUUCUUGUGUUAUAUGAAUUUUAUUUUUCUUUUGACUAUUUUAAAAUAUCAGGAUUUAUAUGCCUCAGAACGCCUCUUUGCUUCUUUUUUGUAACAUUUUUCUUGAUAAGGAGAUAAAAGUAAUACGAUAAAAGCAUAAAAAUGUGCAGAUGCCCUAGAAUUUGAGAAGACAGCCCCAAGUCCAGUGCUUCCUUUUAAACUACAACAUGCCAUGAUUUCCCAUAUUCUGAUUCCACAUGGCUUUCAACAGUCAUGCAGGACUUCAGGAAGCACUACCUGGGUAGAAUGCAGAGGGUGAUGCAGACAAGUGGUAUUCUUACAACACCACAAAAUUGUCUUCUUAAAAGUACCUACAUUAAAAAAGGUAAGUUGACAUAUGGUUUCUAGCCUAUUGCCCUCAAGUUAGAGAAAAAAGACAACAAACAAGUGCUUAUUAUGCUGAUAAGAUUGUUUAUAUAUAUUUUAUCAUGACAUGCAUGGUAAAUUCUUCAUGUUGAAGUCCCAAGUUUUCUUGUAAUUUGUUGAGUUCAAAAUCAUGGAGAAUGUUGAUGUUCAUUAAUUUUUCUCAUACGACUUUAACCGUAACAUCUGUUGGAGCAUCAGGUGUCAUCCAGGUCAACAAAAAAAUGGCCAGAAAAACAGUAUGUUCCGUAGUUAGGGCAAUUGCCAUCAUGAGAGCAAGAACAUACCGGAAUUACAUAGUAUGAAUGUAUUCAUUCUCAUCCAGAAUUUCUAUAAUCUGUGCACCUGCAAGUGAUGAAGCCUCAUUUAUCCAAAGGUAUAAUGUAGUUUGGAAAGUCAAUUAUCAAGAAUACUGACAAGCUGUUACUAAUACAUCCAUUCAAAAGCCUUGUGGUAUUUAUUGAGUAGGCAUGGUAACAAACAGUAUGGUGUCUGAUGUAAAUGCAAUAGCAGUAGCAUGAGUUGCAGCAGAAUGGACAACCAUUCCAGAAAGAAUGUCCUGCCAAACUUUACCUAUGCUAUGAACUUUAGCAGCUACAAGUCUCCUAUAAUAAAUAGCAAGUUUCUAGGCAUCUAUUGAAUUUUUACAUGAUUUAAGAGAGCAAAAAGAGUAGCCAAAGGAAAAGAGCCACAAAUAGUGUGACAAAUCAAAACUGUUUGUAAAUACUUACAGAAUAACUCAAGUCGUGCAGAACUUUCAAGGUGGUGAUUCUGUUCUCAGUGACUUUAGUUUCUGAACAUUAGUCUAAGACUUUUGACAUCUUCACAAGUUAAAAAUUGAGAUAAACUGCUUCCUUAAUGUAUUUAAAAGUUACUUCCCAAUUAUGAUGGUCAACUGGAUUCUUGAUUCUUAUUAAAAAGCCUCUAGGUUCAGACUUCUGCACUCAUAUGCAUGUAUUUUCCAUGGUAGCGUACAGCUUUUAAAGAAAGGUACAUAGAAACAGGACAAAUAAAAUUUUAUAAAACAGCAUUUUUAAAGUAAGACCACUUUCAUAUUUCUGGUAAGUUAAAGAUCCAUUUUUGUAAUCCAUGCUGCUGUCUUUUUGUAAAAGUAAUUCAAGGUCAAGCAGACAUUUUCAAGCAUGGUCCUGUGAGUGAGUGAUGUGGCUAAUUGGGGAGUAAAGAUCCUUUGGAUCUCCUUACACGCGCUUCAGUUUCCAUGAAGUUAGCAAAUGUUGUAAAGACUGACAGGCAGUACAUGAUUAUAGCUACUAUUUUGGUAAUAAACCAUCCAUGAUGUCACUGGAUCCUGCUAAGAAGUACCAUUGCAUAUGGCUACAUUGAAGCAUGUAAGAUUCCAUCCCCUGCAUUCAUUUUCCUAUUUACACAUGGCUUCAAACUCAGCUAUCAGCUGGUGCUGCUGCUACUUCUCAAAAGUCUUCCAGAUUGUAGUGUUCUAGUCUAACUGGCCACUUUUUCCAAAACUCCCAAACACAACGUGACUACCACACAGCUUCAUGUUUGUCGGUAAAUUGUUAGUAAGAUUUCUUGAUCGUAUGUUCUCUUUUUGAAUCUAGACUAAUUCUCCAAAUUCCCACUAAUAUUUGAAAGGACACUGUUGAUUCAUUCUCAGGUAAAUGGGACAGCUUUGAAGCCAAAUAAGUAGUAUUUAGUCUCCAGUAGUCACACACUUAAUCCUAGAGUGGACAUAGGAUUAUCUGACCUUCAGUGUUAGGGUCACAGAUUUCAGAGCUUGGGUUACAUUAAUAGUAAAGCCAUGAGUGAAAUGCAGUUACUAUGAACAAAUCUUCAAUGAAUACAUUUCUGUAUAAAAUCUAAGAAAUAAAAAAGUGUUUCCUCUAUUAAUAAGCCCUAAUUAAAUCCAAGGGCUGCUCCUUAUAAAAAUAGGAAAACAACCCAGUUCAUGCAGAGUAUAUACCUUUCACUGACAGGACUGGGAGGUUCUUACGGCUCCCAAGAGUUGGCCUUUAUGCAGCAGCUGGUGCUGUGUUGUGAAAGGCCCUAAUCUCAGCCUCAGGCAGGUGUGAGUGGAUCAUGUGGUGUGAGCUGACAGCUUGCCAGUGUGUGGGUGCAGAGCUUGUGCAGCACAUCUGACCACUUGCAAUGGUCUUAGUCCUUGCAUGGUUCUACCAGCUCCAGACAAAAGCAGCAUGGUGGAAGGAACUGGUGGAGAAAAGUGUCUCAUGAUAUGGUGUCCAGGAAGCAGAGGCUCACCUAGUGUGCGUGACAUAGGGUAGUUGUGCACAUAGCAAAAUAACCCUAUAUGUUUGUGUUAUAAAUUAAAUUUGAUGUGUCAAUUUUAUUUUGUAUUUCCUUCCGUUUGGGAGGUUUGUUAGACCAUUAAGGUUAUAUUAAAUUACUGUGUGUGCUACUUAGUCUUGGUUGAUAUAAAGAAAUCUAGACGUAAUUAUGACUUUAGUAUUUAUGGUUACUCCUGUUUCUCCUGUUGUACAUAUAAGCAGCUUUAGUCAUAGGUUCUUUUCACAUUUUAAUUAUUUUUAAAGAUGCCUUGAAAUAUUAAAUACCAAAAUGCAUCUGAAACCAUUAAGCAAUGCUUUUAUUUCAGAUCUGUAAGUGAUUGUAUUUAAAUCCAAAUUGGAAUGAAAUAGUAGUAAUGGCCUAAGACCAUACAAAUUCAGUCUAAUAGGCUUUAUAUACUGUACAUUACUUUACUGUAACUCUUUAGAAAUAAGACAAUAUUAGAAAUUUCAGCAGCCUCGUUCAUUAUGGUUACUGUGAUGUAGGUCAUUGACAUUUGUAAUGCUAUUUAAAAGUGUUAAAGUAGGAAAAAACAAUUGAAAAUGAUACAUGUACAUUCAUAUAAAUGUAAGUAAAGUUAUGUGUAUGUUGAAGUUUUGUACUUUUUAUUUCAGUUCUGACUUCUUGGUAGAGUUACCAUUAUUA